GUCAUCGGCGCGCGACAGGCAUCUAAAGAAGAGCGCUAUAAUUAGUCGGAUCUUUUGAAUGGCUUCGGUAAUAUAAUUUUGGACUAAACAGUCACGGAGUAAAAUAUCCACGUAUGGUAACGGCAUAUAAUAUUAUACGUUCACCCAGUGUAUAUGACUACUCUUUACAACCUGAGCCUCGGUGCAUCUCCGGAAUGAACGAGGUGCAGUCAGUGCCUCAGGGGCUGCUGUCAGCUGCAUGGGACACCGUGACAUCUGCUCUAGUGUCUCCUUUGCCACCAAAUGCUUCGACUGAUGAGGUUCUCUCUGAAGCCUUGGCCCUGCUGGGUGAACAUGGACUGGGUCAGUAUGUGGAGGGUUGGAUGCUGGAGACUUUGCAGGUGCGUUUGACUACUUCGGUUGCUCCAGAGUUCUGGACGGGGCUCAAGCAGCCUGAGGGGGAGUCACAGGAGAGGGACAGGGCAAAGGCUUUACUGGCAGCCUUCAGAAACCUUCUCCAAGAGCUGCAACCUUUCCUUGGUGGUCUUGAGAGACUGGGCUCAUGGCAAGAUGAGAGCCGUGGGGGUUUGUCUGGCUCUGGGGCCCAUGGUCUUACUGAGAGAGCCUUCUCUGUCAUUCGUGCCAUUCUCCUGUUCUCUCCUCCACCUGUGCUGCACGAGCGUGUGUUGGAGUUUUACAGCCGCACAUUCUCCGUACACAUGAGUCAGGCAGGGGAAGCAGUAGAGGCAGAGGAGGGGACAGCGGAACACGAGGAAGGCGGUUUGUGCCCAGGCUGUGCCACCCUCCCUCACCUGUGUUGGUGUCUGGAAGCUCUAGAGCAGCUUCAAGAUCUCAGUCACAUACUCUCCAGACUACAGCUGUUGGAACGUGUGAGCUCUGAGGCUGUGACCAGCAUCCUGCACAAGCUGAUAGAGCAGAGGAUGGAGCAGCGCUGCAGGGGAGAAUACGAGAGCUCUUUCCUCACAGACUUUAAUGAUUGGUUAGGGCAGGUUUUGGGAUGGCUGAGCAGGGUGUUUGCCAGUAAGGUGGAAGAGGUGGGCAACGAUGUCACACCUUCAGAUGGCACAGCGGGUCAGCCAGCCAAUGCUCUCCUCCAGCGCUGGCACUGUCACAUGCACCAGUUCUUCUGCCGUAUCUAUGUUAACAUGAGGAUCGAGGAGCUUUUCAGCAUCAUAAGAGAUUUUCCAGAGUCUAUUCCUGCCAUUGAGGAUCUUAAGUUCUGUCUGGAACGGACCAAUCAGAGACAACAGCUUCUUGCUUCCCUCAAAUCAGCCUUUGAAACACGACUGCUGCAUCCAGGAGUCCACACAUCUGACAUUAUCACUGUUUACAUCUCUGCCAUUAAAGCCCUAAGAGAGCUCGACCCCUCUAUGGUGAUCUUGCAAGUGGCCUGCCAACCCAUUCGCAAAUAUCUCAGAACACGUGAGGACACUGUGCGUCAGAUAGUGGGCAGUCUGACGGGCGACGCAGAGGGGUGCACUGAUCUAGCCAAUGAGCUCUCUCGAGCUGACCCUGUUACCUUGGAGACACAGGAUAGUGAAGAUGAGGGGAGUGAUCCGGAUGACUGGACCCCAGAUCCCACUGAUGCUCUCACAGAUAAAACCGGCUCUAAACGGCGCUCUUCUGACAUCAUCAGUCUGCUGGUCAGCAUUUACGGAAGUAAAGAGAUCUUCAUUAAUGAGUACAAGACUGUACUGGCUGACCGACUUCUGCAUCAGCUCAACUACAACACAGCCAGAGAGAUUCGCAACGUAGAGCUGCUGAAACUGAGGUUUGGCGAGUCCCACAUGCAUUACUGUGAAGUGAUGCUAAAGGAUGUAGCAGACUCUCGGCGGAUCAACACUAAUAUCCGUGAGGAAGAGAGUCGUCUUCCUGUAGAGGAGCAGUCUACAUUACCGCUGUCUGCCAUGAUCAUCUCAUCUGAGUUCUGGCCCCAGCUGAAGGACGAGAAGAUGGAACUGCCUUCAGCCAUCUCUAAAGCCAUGGAGGACUACACACACCGCUUUGAAAAACUCAAGGCCAUGAGGACUUUGAGGUGGAAGCCUCACCUGGGAUCUGUUACGUUGGAUGUGGAGCUGGAGGACAGAACCAUCGCAAAUCUCACAGUGACUCCUAUCCAUGCUAGCAUCAUUUUACACUUCCAGGACAAAGGCACAUGGACAUUGGAAGAGCUGAGUGGUGUCCUGGGCGUGCCGCAAGAGAUGGUGCGCAGGAAGUUGGCACUGUGGCAGCAGCAGGGUGUGCUGCGUGAGGAAGCCGGAGGUCGAUUUACAGUGCAGGAGACGAGCACUUGCAGAGAGAGAUCAGACAGAAGUGUCAUGCUCAUAGACAGUGAUGAGGAGGGAGACUCCAACACCGCAACACAGUCUGAGCAGAGAGAAGAGAAACUACAGCUGUUCUGGGCCUACAUUCAGGCCAUGCUGACAAACCUGGAGAGCAUGACUUUGGAGAGGAUCCACUCCAUGCUGCGAAUGUUUGUGGCCGCCGGGUCUGGUGUCACUGAGAUGGAUGUGAAUGAGCUGCAGGCUUUCCUGCAGAAGAAAGUCAGAGCCCACCAGCUUAUUGUUUCCACGGGUGUCUACAGACUACCCAAGACCACCCAAUAGUCAGGAACAAUUGCGUUGAGACCAUAAAACAAUCAUGAACUUUUUCUCAUAAUUUGUGUCAAAUGCACAAAUUACUCUGGUUUGUUAAUUGUGCAAAAUAAUAAAACAAUGACAUGUUUGU